AUGACUCUUCCUGGCCCAAAUCUUCCAGACUCAGCUGCCGGCGCAGUGAGCGUAGCAACACUGCCAACGCGCGAGCUUCAGUCUGUCUUCGCUGGCUACCGCUGCUUCAAUGCUGUGCAGUCCGCCAGCUUCCAGGCGGCAUUCGCGACAGACUCGAACCUUGUACUGAGCGCUCCCACCGGCAGCGGCAAGACGGCUGUGCUCGAGCUAGCCAUCUGUCGUCUCCUGCAUCAGAAUCUCUCCAAGAGUUUCAAGCUCGUCUACGUCGCUCCUACAAAGUCUCUCUGCCGAGAGCGCGCCAAGGACUGGUCAUCAAAGUUCUCAGCCUUUGGUCUUACCUGUGCCGAAGUGACUGGGGACACCGAUGCGCGGAACAUGCACCAAGUCAAGACGGCGGACAUCAUCAUCACGACACCGGAGAAAUGGGACAGCGUAACAAGGCGCUGGAACGACUCACAACGACUGGUUCAGAUGGUGAAGCUCUUCAUGGUGGACGAGGUACACUCUCUCAACAGCUCGCGUGGAGCCACCUUGGAAGUCGUCAUGACGCGCAUGAAGCAGAUGGCGCGUGUGGGCGUCAGGAUGAUUGCUUUAUCGGCGACCGUUCCCAAUCUUGAAGACCUCGCAAGGUGGUUAGGCAAAGGGCAUGACGGUGGUCUGGCGCUGCAGCUCAAAUUUGGCGAGAAUUACCGUCCAGUGGCGCUCGAGAGAGUGGUCUAUGGGUUUGAAAUGGGACGAAUGAACAAAUUUGCAUUUGAUAGCUUUCUCGCAAAGCAGGUGUAUGGUGUUGUUGCAAAGCAUGGCAAAGGAAAGCCGUCAAUUAUCUUUUGUUCGACUCGACAAGAUUGUCAAAACACAGCCAAAGCAGUUCUACAGGCAUACGAGACACAACCUAUGUGGAGUCGACCCAGCAUUGACGCAGUCUUUGCAGACAAGGCGCUCAUGCAAAUGGUCCCUGCCGGUGUCGCGUUUCAUCACGCUGGGCUUUCCCUGGCCGAUCGGAACAUGGUUGAGAAGCUCUUUCGGCAAAAUGUGCUGAAUGUCCUGGUGUCGACAAGUACUCUGGCUGUUGGCGUCAAUCUGCCUGCACACCUUGUUGUGCUCAAGAACACUCUGGUCUAUAGCCAUGGAGCCUUCGAAGAAUACUCUGACCUCGACGUUCUGCAAAUGAUUGGUCGUGCAGGUCGACCUCAAUUUGAUACCACUGGAUGUGCAGUGAUCAUGACAGGGAAUGAAAAGAAGCGAACAUACGAGCUGAUGAUUUCUGGAACAGAAGUACUCGAGUCACACCUGCAUCUUGCUCUUCUCGAGCAUUUCAACGCGGAAAUCUGCUCAGGCACAAUCAGUACAGUGCAGCAGUCUAUCGAGUGGCUCAAAGAGACAUUCCUCUAUGUGAGGAUGCAGCAAAAUCCUGCCCACUAUCGUCUCCAGGAGGGUCACGGUGUCGAGGAGACGCUCAAACAAAUGUCUGAGAUGAAUGUUGCACUCCUGGAGCAAAAGAAGUUGGUUGACAAUAUUGAUGGAAAGCUCAUUUCAACUCCAAAAGGGAAAAUCAUGGCCAAUUACUAUCUUUGCUUCUCCAGUUUCGAGAACCUAGACAGCCUUCCUACCGGGGCAUCUGAAAGUGAUAUCCUCACGGCUUUGUGCAAGGCUGAUGAAUUCUCCAAGAUGUCCCUCAGACCGGGUGACAAGGGUAUGCUCAACAUCAUGAAAACCCUUCCUGGUCUGCGCUUCCCAAUUGUUGGCAAAAUUGAACACUUGUGGCAAAAAGUGUUCUUGGCUGUACAGAUCACGCCUGGUUCUGUCGACGUGUCUGUGCUCAAGGCAUCUCAUCCCAGGAACAUGACGGAGCUCUUCGUUCACGAGUCUUUCAUACGUCAACACAUGCUUCGCCUCUUGUCGUGCUUGAUUGACUGCAAACUCCUUGACAAGGACGCAACAAUCAUCAAUCGUGCGUUGGAGUUGCGACAGGCUAUUGCAGGAAAGUGCUGGAAGACUUCUGCAGGAGUUCUGAAGCAGAUUAGAGGAAUUGGUGAUGGCAGUCUCAAGACUCUGGUCAAUGCUGGCAUCACGACGCUUCCAAAGCUCAUUCAAUCGGAUGCACGUGAGCUCGAGAGGCUUUUCAAGCGACAUCCGCCAUUCGGAAAUAAGCUCAUCAAGGAUGCCGAAUCAUUGCCGAGUCUAAGCUUGUCUAUUCGAUUGUCUGGUCAAGCAGUCAAGCCUGAUGGCGUGCAUCUACAAUUUGAUGUCCGGCUUUCAGCAUUGUGUCCGACGGAAUGGCGUGCUGAUCAGCAUUUGGUGAAUUUUACAGCAUACACAGCAAAUGGGCUGCUUCUGGACUUUCGAAGGCAAAAGAUGGACAAAUUGUUGGGUGGCAAGCAGAUCCUGCUUGAUGUUCAUCUCAUGAAGCACUGCUCAAACCUUGGCUUCCUUGUCAUAUGUGAAGAUCUCGUCAGCUGCGAGGCUCGUUCUUCAUUUGUUCUCGAAAUCUCUGCAGCAGAUUAUCCCGAGCAGAACGAACCAGCUCGUGACAGCAGUAGCGACGGGUGGCUUGAGGUUAUUGGUAUGUUGAGCGCGAUGUGGGCCUUUGCUGACUUUAGAUGA